GGCCAUAGCAUUGAGCCGACGCCCCGACGUCGAAACCCUAACUUCUAUUUAGGGUUUCCUUUGUUACAAAAGGACUUUGACCUUCCUAAGAUAUUUUCCUCGUUGGUUUGCUCUCCCGAAUCAAAUCCUGCAAGCAUUUCUCUGUUGUCUUGCAAACCUAUCUAGUUAGAUACAUAAGAUGCCAAGGGCGAAAGCAAAUGCUGCAGCAACUCAAAGGCCAGUUGAACCUGAAAAGCUGAUGGAGAUUGAAAAGCCAGAUGAACAUGACGAACGUGUAGACCUUGAUGGAGACAAUGAUGCUGAAGAGACGGAGGAGGUUGAAUACGAAGAGGUAGAGGAAGAGGAAGAAGUGGAAGAGGUAGAAGAGGAAGAAGAGGAAGAAGAAGAGGAGGAGGUAGAAGAAGAGGAAGAAGAGGAGGAAGAGCCUACGGCUGCUAAUGGAUCUGAUGCACGGGCAAGCUCCAGCGGUGAUGAGGAGAUGAAAACUACCAAGGCAUUGGAUGAAGAUGAAAUCAAAAAGCAUGCUGAACUUCUUGCUCUUCCUCCUCAUGGCUCUGAAGUUUAUAUUGGUAGCAUUCCUCAUGAUGCGACUGAGGAGGAUUUGAGAAGCUUUUUUGAGUCCAUUGGAGAAGUCACUGAGGUCAGGGUAAUGAAGGAUAAAGAUUCAGGGGAGAAUAAGGGCUAUGCUUUUGUGACUUUCAGAACCAAAGAAUUGGCUUCCAAUGCAAUUGAGGAGCUGAAUAACAAAGAAUUGAAGGGAAGAAAGAUAAAGUGUUCAACAUCUCAAGCAAAGCAUCGUUUAUUCAUUGGUAAUGUUCCCAAAAGCUGGAUGGAGGAGGAUCUUAGGAAGAUAGUGACAGAUAUUGGUCCCGGAGUUAAUUCUGUGGAGCUGCUGAAGGAUCCACAGAACUCCAGCCGUAACCGUGGCUUUGCUUUCAUUGAAUAUUAUAACCAUGCUUGUGCCGAAUAUUCAAGGCAGAAGAUGUCAAACUCAAAAUUUAAGCUAGAUAAUAAUGUUCCAACUGUGAGUUGGGCUGACCCUAAGAAUGCUGAGUCUGCUUCUUCUUCACAGGUGAAGGCAGUAUAUGUGAAGAAUUUGCCCAAGAACGUAACACAGGAUAAGCUAAGGGAGCUAUUUGAACACCAUGGCGAGAUUACGAAAGUAGUGCUGCCACCUGCAAAGUCUGGACAGGAAAAGAGCAGAUUUGGUUUUGUUCAUUUUGCAGAGAGGUCAAGUGCCAUGAAGGCACUGAAGAACACAGAGGAUUAUGAAAUAGAUGGGCAAGUCCUGGAGUGUUCUCUUGCAAAACCACAAGCAGAUCGGAAGGCUGAUGGAGGAGUGAAUUCACAAAAAGCAGCUUUGCUUCCAACCUAUCCGCCUCGUGUUGGUUAUGGUUUGGUUGGGGGUCCCUAUGGUGCUCUUGGUGCAGGGUAUGGUGCUGCAGGAUUUGCGCAGCCUCUGAUUUAUGGCAGGGGACCUACUCCUGCUGGCAUGGCGAUGAUGCCUAUGCUGUUGCCUGAUGGACGGAUAGGAUAUGUCCUGCAACAGCCUGGAGCUCAGCCUCAUGCCCCACCUGCUCAGCCGCAGCAGCAGAGAAGCGGCGGCAGGAGUGGUGGAAGCUCAAGUGGAGGGAAGCAGAGUAGUGACAGUGGUCGUGGGCGUAGAUACAGGCCGUAUUGAUUU